GAUAAGAAAUGGGUUCUCAAUCAUGAAGAUGUCACACUGGGAGAAUUACUGGGCAAAGGUAAUUUUGGUGAGGUGUAUAAGGGAACAUUAAAGGAUAAAACUCCUGUUGCUGUAAAAACUUGUAAAGAAGAUCUUCCUCAGGAACUGAAAAUAAAAUUUCUGUCAGAAGCCAGAAUACUCAAACAGUAUGAUCAUCCUAAUAUUGUAAAACUUAUAGGAGUUUGCACACAACGACAACCUAUUUAUAUUGUUAUGGAACUUGUUCCAG